UCUUACAGAUGGAUGCAGAAACUGAAGAUAAAACACUGCAUACCCGAGCUAAAGGAACUGCAGUGCCAAUGGAUUCUCUAAUCCAGGAGCUCAGUGUCGCAUAUGAUUGCUCCAUGGCAAAGAAGAGGAGAGCAGAGGAACAGGCUCUGGGCGUGCCAGUAAACAAAAGGAAAUCCCUGCUGAUGAAACCCCGACACUACAGCCCGAACUUGGACUGCAAAGAGGAAAGAGAUGACAAAGCCGAGGAAGAUGGCAUGGUGGAAACAAGUGAUCAUUCCACUGCAGAGGAUAUCGAGGUAAAACCUGUGGAUGAGAAACUUCAUUCAGCAGCUCAAGAAAACUGCCAUAGGAAGGAAGAAAGAUAUGCUUGUUACCAAGAAAUCAUGGUCAAAUCCUUAAUGCACUUGGGGAAGUUUGAAAAGAACAUGUCUGUCCAGAAUGUAAGUGAAAGCUUAAAUGACAGUGGCAUCCAGUCUUUAAAAACAGAAAGCGACGAAGCGGAUGAGUGCUUUCUUGUUCAUUCUGAUGAUGGAAGAGAGAAAAUUGAGGACUCCCAGCCACUGUUCUGCUCCUCUGAUGACAGCGAGAGUAACUCGGAGAGUGCCGAGAACGGGUGGGACAGCGGCUCCAACUUCUCAGAGGAAACCAAACCACGCAGAGGUCCAAAGUACAUGUUAGCAGAUAAUAAGAAAGAUCUAUCAGAAGCUCCUGAAAUAAAAAGUGAAGAUGACAGAUUUCUCCCUUGUGAGAACAAGUGUGAUGUUGAUGCAGAAAGGAGAGACCCACAGAAUGCACACAGGGAGCCCUCGGAAGCCAAAGCCCAGGCAUCCUUCCCUGAACCUGAGGAGCGGGACUGUGAGAGCCUGGCAGCCUUGACUGCAGAGCCCGGGGAUCUGGACAGAGCCAAGGGAAACUUGAGUCUGUUGGAGCAGGCAAUUGCUCUGCAAGCGGAGCGAGGCUGCGUUUUCCAUAGCACCUAUAAAGAGCUGGACAGGUUCCUCCUGGGGCACUUACCAGGGGAGAGGAGGCAAACCAAAGUCAUUGACACGGGUGGAAGACAAAUCUUUAACAAUAAACAUUCGCCAAGGCCUGAAAAAAGAGAGACCAAGUGCCCCAUCCCUGGGUGUGACGGCACAGGACACGUGACAGGGCUCUACCCCCACCACCGCAGUCUUUCGGGGUGCCCUCACAAAGUCAGGGUUCCCCUGGAAAUUCUGGCCAUGCAUGAAAAUGUGCUCAAGUGCCCCACUCCAGGAUGCACAGGAAGGGGGCAUGUAAACAGCAACCGCAACACCCAUAGGAGUCUCUCUGGUUGCCCAAUUGCUGCAGCUGAAAAAUUGGCAAUGUCCCAGGAUAAAAGUCACCUUGAUUCUUCCCAGACCGGGCAGUGUCCUGACCAGGCCCACAGGACAAGCUUGGUGAAGCAAAUUGAAUUCAAUUUCCGAUCACAAGCCAUCACCUCUCCCAGAGCCACAGUGUCAAAAGAGCAGGAGAAGUUCGGAAAAAUCCCAUUUGAUUAUGCCAGUUUUGAUGCACAAGUUUUUGGUAAACGACCACUCAUCUCAACAGGGCAAGGAUGCAAAACACCGCCAUUUUCUGAAUCAAAGCAUUUUUCAAAUCCAGUGAAAUUUCCUAAUCGACUGCCUAGUACAGGCGCCCACACACAGAGCCCGAGCCGUGCCAGCUCUUAUAGCUACGGUCAAUGUAGUGAAGACACCCACAUAGCAGCAGCUGCUGCCAUCCUGAACCUUUCCACCCGCUGCAGGGAAGCUGCAGACAUCCUCUCCAACAAACCACACAGCCUGCAUGCCAAGGGAGCCGAGAUAGAAGUGGAUGAAAAUGGCACAUUGGACUUAAGCAUGAAAAAAAAUCGAAUCCUGGACAAGGCUGCACCCCUAACUUCCUCUAACACUUCCAUCCCAACUCCUUCCACUUCCCCAUUCAAAGCCAGCAGCAUUCUGGUCAAUGCAGCAUUCUAUCAGGCCCUGUGUGACCAAGAGGGCUGGGACACUCCUAUCAACUAUAGCAAACCUCAUGGGAAGCCAGAGGAGGAGAAAGAGAAAGACCCGGUGAACCCUCUAGAAAAUGUAGAGGAGAAAAAGUUUCCUGGAGAGGCUUCGAUACCAAGCCCUAAACCCAAACUCCACUCAAGAGAUCUCAAAAAGGAACUAAUCACCUGCCCGACACCAGGUUGUGAUGGAAGUGGCCACGUCACAGGAAACUAUGCAUCUCAUCGCAGUGUUUCUGGAUGCCCGUUAGCAGAUAAAACUCUCAAGUCCCUCAUGGCUGCAAACUCUCAGGAGCUUAAGUGUCCGACUCCUGGCUGUGACGGUUCAGGACAUGUGACAGGAAACUAUGCUUCCCACAGAAGUUUGUCUGGCUGUCCCCGAGCAAGGAAAGGUGGUGUCAAGAUGACCCCCACCAAGGAAGAGAAAGAAGACCCUGAACUUAAAUGUCCUGUGAUGGGAUGUGAUGGCCAAGGUCACAUAUCAGGUAAAUACACAUCACACCGCACAGCUUCUGGCUGUCCCCUGGCUGCCAAAAGACAGAAGGAGAAUCCUCUCAAUGGAACACCCCUCUCCUGGAAACUGAACAAGCAGGAACUGCCACAUUGUCCCUUGCCAGGCUGCAAUGGGCUGGGCCACGUAAAUAAUGUCUUCGUCACCCACAGAAGCUUAUCUGGGUGUCCUCUCAAUGCACAAGCUAUCAAGAAAGGCAAGGUAUCUGAAGAAUUGAUGACCAUCAAGCUCAAAGCCACUGGGGGUAUAGAGAGUGAUGAAGAAAUUCGGCAUUUGGAUGAAGAAAUCAAGGAACUGAAUGAAUCUAACCUUAAAAUUGAAGCAGAUAUGAUGAAACUUCAGACCCAGAUCACAUCCAUGGAGAGCAACUUAAAGACGAUAGAGGAAGAAAACAAGCUCAUAGAACAGAAUAAUGAGAGUCUGCUGAAGGAGCUGGCAGGUCUGAGCCAAGCUCUCAUUUCAAGCCUAGCAGACAUCCAGCUUCCACAGAUGGGACCUAUCAGUGAGCAGAAUUUUGAAGCCUAUGUAAAUACACUCACAGACAUGUACAGCAAUCUGGAGCAGGACUAUUCCCCGGAAUGCAAAGCUCUACUGGAGAGUAUCAAACAAGCAGUGAAGGGCAUCCAUGUGUAGGAUCGCAGCGCUACUGGGCCGCACAAGUCACCACAGCAGUAAACUCCAGAUGGAUCUGUCAGGGGUUUGUAUACUGCUAAGGCAUGGAGCUUGCCCUACUGCAUUUACAACUGCAACAUUGCACUAAUAUUUUCCCCCAACUGACACGAAAAAAUAAAGUAAAACUAUGAUAGACUCUUUGGAUUUAAAAACAAUGCAGUCAAUUCUUAGAUCUUAUUUAUUUUCAUAUGUUUUUCUUUUAUUUCUCCAUUGCACACUUUCUUUUGUAAAGUAUAUGUAAAGUAAAUGUGACAUUUUUAUAUUUUAUUUAUUACUAAUCAAAGAGUUUUUUAUCUUUUAACUGCAUUUUGAAGUCUGCCAUAUUUUUACAAGUGUGUUUAUUAAUUUAUUUGCCAAUAGGAUUUACAUAGAAAUGUUAUUCUCAAAUCACCUCUCUCACUGGAUCUAGAUGAGUGAACAGGAAGAUGUGAAAGAAAAUCCUUGUUGAAGAACUGCACUAUGGCCAAGUUCGAUUUUGAUUGCACACUUCUCCCUUUCCUCUUUGCCCUACUUUUUAUAGUUAUGAGUUUGCAGUAUGGUGAGUUGCAUGGAAGGAGUAAGAUAAAUGGCGCCCACUAGUGGGCAAUUCGCACUCACAAAAGCACAGGAUGCUGGAAAACCGCCUGCUCAGAAUUUGCUAGCAAUAAUUAAACACAGCAAUCAGCAAAGUAUUUGACUUGGCUGUAUGGUUUUCAUUAUUAUGCAUUAUUCAUUUGAAACGUUUUAAAGAAACACAAGCCUUUAGCAAUGCAGAUUUGUCUGUUUUCCACAUCAUACCAGAGAUUUGGCAUUUUAUCCCAAGAUGAGUUUAUGUGACCAGCCAGGAUUUCCCUCCAUAUGUUGGUACAAUAUACAAGAAAAAUAUUGAUGUAGACUUGUAUUUAGCAAAUACAAACACAUCCAAAUGGAAAACUUUGUAGAUACCAUAUCCCUUGAAAUAGCAUUUAUCUUACUGGGUUGACUGGAAAGGAAUGGAAAAUAGAGCAAGACACGAAAAACAUUAACUCCAGUGAUUUCACUGAAUAUUGGAAACACUGGUUUUACCUUAUUUGAAAACAAGACAAUUUUCAGUGUGGUAAAAGAAAGUCUUGCCCUCGAACUACAAAUACUGCAAAGUACAAAUACGUACACACACACACACACACACACACACACACACACACACAUACAGUCUUGGGCACAGUCACAAGACACACUCAUUCACACGAAAUUGAGCCCACAAUUGUGAGUUUCUGAAAGGGUCAGAGCUUCGUAGUUGCUAUAGUAAAGGCAAUGUCUAUUUCAGGGACUGUAAAGUAGUUAAGCAUUGUUUCAAAGGUUUUUUUAUAUUUAUUUUUUUUAUAAGGAAAAGGUAUAAACAACCAGCUAAACUGCCUUUUUGGUGUGCACACACAUUUCAUGUGCGGACGUGCCUCUGUGUAAAUGCACACAUGAAUUUGGUGUGGACUUAAUUUUCUGUGCUAUAACAAAAGUGUUUAUUUUUGAUUAGCCUCAUGGAUAUUUAGAUUGAAUGUGAUGGCAUUCACAAGCUUGAUAUAUUCUGCUGUUGUUACGGUUACCUGCACAAAUGAAGAGUAAUACCCAACAGUAAUUCCACACUCAUAAAAGUUUGGUCACUGUUAUGCAUUAAGUGGGGCUUAUCUUUGGUUUGGGGUUCGUUUGAACUCUCGAAUCUUAGUUUAGUGAAAAUGAAAUGUCUGUUCUUAGGUAGAAACAGUGUUUACUUAAAAAUCAAUUUUAAAGAAGAAAGAGCUACUGUAUUUGCUGUCUAUUAUAAAUGGGACGCCAAACAAAAUUUUCUAUUAAAGUUAUGUACUUGCAAACAUUUUGCUAUACAGUACUUCAUAGAUGCAUACAGAUGAGUUCACUUAUUACAAAGACAAAAGUUUAAUUUGCUAAAUAUUUUAACAGUUUGUUAUAUAUUUAAUUUAAAAGAAAUCUCUUACCAACCUACGUAUUUAUUACUAUAAUUUACUAUGACUUCAGGUUAAUUUAUUUGUGUUUGCAUAGUUUAAGCAAGAUGUUUUGUGAUGUUUGUAUUUAUUUGCCUCCUUUGUACUUGAUGUGUUUUGUAAUGUGCACUGAAUUUUUUUUUUGUUUUAACUAUGUUGAUGAUUGAUACUGUAAAUUGGGUCUUUUGUAAACAACAAAAAGGCAAUGAUGUAUGCAUUUUUUAAUUUGAAGUAGUUUGUUUGUAUACUGUUUAUCCAAACAAUUAAUAUUUCUUAUAUCAAAGCAACAAAAUUGUGUUCAGUGCUGUAUAUUUGGUGUAUGGUAGGAAAUAAACAUUGAUGAUGAGUUCUGCCAUGGUCUUUCUCAGGCUGCUAUGUAUGGACCAGGAUCAU